UUCAAUUUAUAAAACAUAAAGAAAGUGGUUGUUGUUAUGACAAGUGAGUGUAAACAUUUUGCAUCGCUUUGAAUCUUCCGAGAAGAUUUCGUUUUGCGUGCUUAUAGCCAAAGGACAGGUGAUCAAUUAUUUUAAGCUAUCUUUUCUUUACAUAAAGACAGUUUCAACAGUUAGUUAAUUGAUUCCUUGUAAGGUGGAUUUGCGUAUUGUUUCUCUGGUCAAAGAGUAUAAAAGGUGAAAUAAAAAUGUAAAGACCAGUUGAAUUUUGAUUUCCAAUCUUGGUGAAGGAAAAUAAGAAAAGAAAGGAUGUCGUUUUCUAACAAUUCUCUUUUAAUGGAGAAGAAUGGGACUGGGACUUUGAUCACAAGUUCCAACAUCAAUGCAACUGUUUCGUGUCAGAUGACACAAUAUGGCGAGAAUGAGAAAAUCAUAAUGCGAGUUUACUUGGUUGUUGUAUUUGUAUUUGCAGCCCUCGGGAAUGCCGUCAAUUGCUGCAUUUUAGGAAAAAAGAAGUUUCAACGUGGUGGCGAUGUCUUUGUGCUGUCUCUGGCUCUGUCCGACCUGAUUUACACAAUAAGCUUCCCGUUUAUUUUCUUUUUACGAAUGUCUGGUGUACAAAACCAUCACACAGUUUACACGGCAUCAAAGAUCUUCAUUUAUGGCAGCAUGGUAGUCACAACAUACACACACGCUGUUAUUUCCUGUGAUCGAUUCUGGGCCAUUGCGAAGCCUUUUCAAGCAAGAAGAAUUACAAAGGGAAAGAAACUUCUUGCCUGUACCUUGGUUUGGCUGUUUGGGUUUCUCUUUUCACCACUGUUUUUACUUCAGACAGCAGCCCUGACAACCCGUUCCCAAAUCGUUCAGCUGGUGAGGUGCUGCAUAGGGUGGGUCAUGCCAUUGGUUAUCAUGUGUGUCUUCUACAUCAGAUGUGCCAUUGCGCUCUCAGCACGAAACGUACCAUCAAACUCGGGAGCCAACAAAAGAUUCAAGGAUUCAAGGAAGAUCACAAAGAUGUUUUUUGUUAUCGUCCUGCUGUAUUGUAUUCUUACGAUGCCCAUCGUUAUGAGUCUGUUGGUCAGAGCAGUUGAUUUCUUGGUGUCAGAUUUUGAAGGAGUACGCUGUGGAGAUUAUUCUCUUUUGGUGCGUGUGCUAACACAUCUAAGUGUCUUCAACGGAUGUGUGAAUCCAAUAAUCUACGCAAGAAAUCAUCCAGACAUAAGGAGGUUUUUCAAAGGCGUUUUUGAAGCUUGCUUCUGUCAACGCCAAACUAAUAGCUUGUCAUUUCAUAAAGGUACAGAGCUCAGAAGUUCUUCUUCAAAAGAGUAACAAAUACAAGACAAUUAAUCAAUACCUGUGAUAUGUAAUUACACUCGGUUUCUUUUGCUUUCAUAUUUAUCGGUCCUUUUUUAACCUUUUUACGUUGCAUCGUCAGCUGACUGUUUUUCUUGUGAUGAAUUAAUCAUAUAUA